GCGAGAAUUCCCGACAACAUCAUGGAAGGCGAAUCAAAGCAAGAGUUUGACUGGCUGCCCUCUGGCACGGAAGCGCUGGCUGAUGGGGAGUAUGACGCGAUUGUACUCGGUACUGGCCUCAAAGAAUGCAUCUUGAGUGGCUUGAUGGCGACAAAGGGCCUCAAAGUACUGCACUUGGACCGCAACAACUAUUACGGCGGCGACUGCGCUUCGCUCAACUUGUCCAACCUGUACACGAAGUUCCGUGGUGAAAACGCUGAACCCCUGGCUGGCCUUGGAUCAAACCGUGACUACAACAUCGACUUGAUCCCCAAGUUCAUCAUGGCGUGCGGCAAGCUCGUCAAGAUAUUGCUCCACACCAAGGUCACACGUUACUUGGAGUUCAAGAAUGUCGACGGUAGCUAUGUGUACAAGGGUAGCCGCAUCUACAAAGUUCCCGCGACGGGUGAAGAAGCGCUGUCUUCAUCUCUCAUGGGGAUCUUCGAGAAGCGCCGCUUCCGUGGUUUGAUCAUGUAUAUUUACAACUACGAGGAAGAAAACCCGGACACGCACCAAGGACUGGACUUGUUCAAGCAGCCCAUGAGCGACGUGUACGCUAAGUUUGGUGUGGACGCAAACACCCAGAGCUUCACUGGACACGCGAUGGCGUUGAUGCGCGACGACAACUACAUCAACCGUCCCGCCAUUGAGACAGUCCGCGCAAUCAAGAUGUACACGUACUCCCUUGAACGUUAUGGCAAGUCGCCCUACAUCUACCCGAUCUACGGGUUGGGUGGUCUCCCCGAAGGUUUCUCGCGCCUGUGCGCGAUCCACGGCGGCACCUUCAUGUUGAACCGAGGCGUGGACGAGGUCCUCAUCGAGAACGGCAAGGCGUGGGGAAUUCGAAGCGGCAAUGAAGUUGCAAAGGGCAAAUUGAUUAUCGGUGAUCCAUCGUACUUCCCCAAGGAGAAGACCCGCUCGGUUGGCAAGGUCGUGCGAUCGAUCUUUAUCUUGCGCCACCCCGUUGCCAACACGAACAACUCGGAAUCUUGCCAGAUCAUCAUCCCCGCGGCCCAGGCCAACCGCCGCAACGACGUGUAUGUGUGCGUAGUGUCGUUUGCCCACUGCGUCGCGGCCAAGGACACGUACAUUGCGAUUGUGUCAACGACCGUGGAAACGUCGACGCCGCUCGCUGAAAUCGAAAUUGGCGUGUCGCUGUUGGGCGAAUACGUAGACCGAUUCGACGAAGUGUCGGACCAGUUGGAACCCGUGGGUACUGGCGCCUCUGACAACUGCUACAUCAGUUCAUCGUACGAUGCCACAAGCCAUUUUGAAACCACAUCGGACGACGUGUUGAGCCUGUACCAGCGCAUUACGGGUGAGCAGCUCGACAUGACGAUCAACGCCGACACCACGGAGGCGGACCAAUAAGCCGUCGUCGCAUGCAUAUGAGUCAUUUGCAUGUCCCUUAAUGCAUGGAUUCAUUCAUUGCA